AUGUCAGCGUCUCGGAAAUGUUUGUGCUGCGUCAAAUAUGUGAUGUUUGUCUUUAACCUCAUCUUCUGGCUGGGAGGAUGUGGACUGUUUGGCGUUGGCGUCUGGCUGUCUUUCACUCAAGCUGAGUUUUCAUCUCUUCCUCUAUCCUUCCCAUCGCUCUCGGCAGCCAAUUUGCUGCUAGUCGCUGGUGGGAUCACUAUGGUAACGGGCUUCCUUGGUUGUCUUGGAGCGCUUAAGGAGCAGCGCUGCCUGUUGUUCAUGUUCUUUGUGAUCCUGUUGCUCCUGGUCCUGACAGAAGUGGCACUCGCACUGGUCAUACACAUCUUUCAAGACCAGCUGGAUUCCAAAGCACAAGGCGAGUUGAAAGAAGGGAUGAAGAGCUAUGAAUCGGAACCUGGGCUUAAAACAUCGUGGGAUAAUGUUCAAAAAAUAUUCAAAUGUUGUGGCAUCACCAAUAAAACUGACUGGUAUGAAGUACUCAAUGGAACGUUGCCAUCGUCCUGCUGCUCUUCCGGGAUUGACCAAUGCACUGAUGGAUGGAGUGAGCCUUGUUAUCAGAAGGCCAGGGAAUGGCUUCUGGAUAACAUUCCAUCUGUUCUGGUGUUUGGGGUGUGCAUUGGUGUCAUUCAGAUCUUAGCCCUGGUGUUCUCCAUGCUGAUGUACUGCCAAAUUACGUGUGCCGAGAAGUAUUUGGACUGA